AUUCCUUUGGAAAACAAAUCAAUUUUCUCUGGCUCGCUCUUUCACUAUCUGGAGGAGAACAAGAAAUGGAGGAACCGCUUCGUCUUUGUUCCAGACAACUACAACCUCAACUAUUACGACAGCAAAGCAGCCCACGAAAGACACCUCCACCCCAAGGGAACCAUCAACUGUGCCGGCUACAAAGUGCUGACCUCCAUGGAGCAGUACCUGGAUCUGUUCAGCAGCAGCAGCAGCAGCCUGCCUGGUGAGAGGAGG